CUCGUAGCUCGUGUUCUUCUCGGUUUCCCGUAAAAAAUAGUGAUGCGGGCAAGUAGACCCAAUCGUUCCGCUCCGCGCGCAUAAGUACUCGCCUCUGGCACGGGCUCCAGUCGUGGGUGCACCGGUGGACGGAGACACGGAGUGCUCAGCAGCACGGAGGGAGCGCGCGCGCGGCGUCGAUCGAACUCUCCGGCCAUGGCGACGAUUCAGCAGCACCACAUCAAGGCUCUGACGCCGACGUGGUUCCUCGUCAAGGUCACGCCGCCGGCCCCGGCGCCGAGGGAGGGCGGUAGUAAGAAGCCCGCCUACUCGCCGCUUCUCCUGUCGCCGGCGGUGUGGCAGAAGGCGCAGGACGAGAAGAGGAGCAAGGAUGGCGCCGAGCGCGGCGGCGGCCUGCCGGCGUCGCCGAGGAUCAGCUGCAUGGGGCAGGUCAAGGGGAGGACGGGCAGGGGGUGCUCGACCGCGCGCGGCCCGGCGCCGCGGGGUUCGGGGUACCGCGCGGUACCCGGCGGCAAGGUGGCGACGCUCGUGCUCGGGCUGUUCGGGCGGCGGAACGCGAGGACGUCGCGCGCGUGCCCCAAGGUCAGGGACGUGCCCGGGAGCUCCCGUGGUGGCCGUCGCGGUCCAGCCACGACCACGGCAGCGCUCGUGCUUGACCCGCCGCUGCCGGUGGUGAGGCGGCCGGCGACGGACGACGACAACGCGCCGAGCCUCUGGGAGCGGCGGCGCGGCGGCAAGGCCCUGCAGGGUCUUCAGCUGUCAUAGAUGAUCGCUUCAGAGCUCAAGCUAGUUGCUGCAGGGGCACAUCAAAGACCAAACAGCGUCUUUGCAUCGCACGACUAAGUUACUAGCGAUGGUAUGUCCUAGAGCUCUAUGCAGGUUAGUUUAGCCCCGUUUGGAACGCCGGAGUUUUUCCUGGUUCGUGAAGAGGCCAGUUUCUGUAAAUCUCAGUGAAACUGAUGCGUUCCUGGUUAGGUACACUGUAAAUUUGUAUGUUGACCUUGGUUGCUAUAAGAUGCCUGGCUGGAAGCUUCAUCGUUCUUGCACGCAGCUAGCGCAUUCUGUGUGGUCAAUCUGUUAGCAUAUAAUAGAAGUCAAGUAUUUUGUUGACCUACAAACCAA